AUGGCCCGACGAAAGAAACGAACCACUUCGACCCAUAACAACAACAACAACUCUUUUUCAAGUGCCGAAGAAGAAACAAUAGAAGUUGAAACUACAAACACAACAACAACGACCGAAACAGGAUCAACAAAUAAUUUGUUGGACCUGGGAGAAAUUUCGGAGAGUCAGUCUCAUGAAGAAAGAAAUAAUCAUCAUCUCACAAAAGAUAAUGAGCCUCAUCAUCCAAAUACCCAGAAUAGCACACACUUCAUGACCACAAAUAAUACGAGCUUGUAUGAUGAUGAGGAUCAGCAACAAACUGGUUUUUCAAUGAGUGAUCCAUCGUCAAUAUUGUAUCAUCUUGAUGACCAUACUCGACACUAUCAAAAUUCCGAACAUGAUUCCUCGUCUAUUUUACAAUAUGGCAAUAAUAACGAUACCAAACAACCUCAAUUUUCCACCACAUCAGGUGCACGAUAUAUUAACCCAUACGAUAAUAUGGAAGAGGAGGAAGUGAUGAGCACUCAAAAUAAUUUCAUGUCUUCAUCUUUACAUGAUUAUAAUGAUGAAAGAGAAGAAUCAACUCCAAACAUUGAAACAGAACAUCCGCUGAUUGAGUCGAAAUUUAGUAGCGCUCAUUCAGCAUUAACACCAAACCUGGACCCUGUCACACCCUUAGAAGCUGAGGAAAAUUUGCAAAUUGAAACAGGUAGACCUCAACCUUCUCCUUUACGGCAAAGAAGCUUUGGAAUGAAGAUUUUUGACCUAUUUAUUGCAUUCUUUCCAUUUGGAUUCAUUUCAUUUGGAGGUCCUGUUGCGAACGUUGGUCUUUUAGAGGAACAAUUUGUUUUUUCCAAAAGAUGGAUUUCUGACAAGGAAUUUACAGAGCUGUUUGCACUUUCUCAGGCCAUUCCUGGUACAGCAUCCACUCAAAUAAUUGUAGCAAUUGGUACUCUCUACUUGAAUUCUUAUUUAGGAGGAAUUAUCGCAUUUGUUUUAUAUUCACUGCCCAGUGUUACUAUUUUAUUAAUUGCUGGUGAGGUAGCCAGUGCCAUUUACAUUCCAGCAGAAAUUCCCGAGUGGGCUGGCAAAUUAAUUAAUGGAUUUUCGUGUGGAGCAUUAGCAAUAGUUAUCAAUGCUGCUUGGAAAUUGACACAAACAGCAACAUCUCCAAGCGCCAAGUUACACGUCAGUACCACCUUAUUCAAAGUGUUAAUGGUAUUCGCUUGUGCUCUCUUUUUAUUAGUACAAAAAAAUUGGAUGAUGGUCGUUGUGAUGUUUUGUGGUGCCUUCUCAACAGUCAUGUAUUCAUAUUUUGAACAAAACUUUAUUUUAAGAAGGAUGAAAGAACACAUUCCACAAGAAGAAUUGCAAAAGUUGGAAGAAAUGAAAAACAAUCCCUCUGUUCCAACAUGGAAAAAGAUUCUUAAAAAGUUUUACAUGUACAUUUCAACCUUUUGGAAAAAACGUUUAGAACAGCCAGAAAACGACUUUUCUGACACUGCUUCUACAUUGAGCUCACAAGAAUUUCCAAAAACUCCAAUCGAACUGCACAGUCAAAGAAUUAUCAUCAGCACUAACAAUAAUGGAUCACAAGAAACUCCUCAGAGCGAAAGUGAGCAAGUUGUACAGCCAAGAGAACCACUGGUGAAUAGAAUUCGAAACUUUUUCUCAAAGUUUGGAAACGACAAACCAAUUUCUGGAGUUAUAAUGUUGUGCUCGUUCUGUAUUAUAUUUUUACUGCUUUUUAUUGUGAAGCAAUUUACAAAAUGGAAGUAUUUGGUACUUUUUGAGGGUUUCUAUCGUAUGGGUUCAGCUGUUUUUGGAGGAGGUAUUACAAUUGUCCAAACUAUUCAUUCAGAAUUUGUCACCAAGCAACCUCUCAUCACUCAGGAGCAAUUUACAAGUGGCUCCGACUUGAUGAACUCCCUUCCUGGUCCCUUAUUUAACUUUUCUGCCUUCGUAGGAGCUGUUAUUGGUGGCUGGAAAGGUGGUUUAAUUGCAUGGUCUGCUCUCUUCCUUCCAGGAUUUUUCUUCAUUUGGGGAUUGCUUCCGCUGUGGAGAAAGCACCGAGAAAAUCCAAUGACGCAGAAAGUACUUGCAGGAAUUACCGCAUCAGCAAUUGGAUUUGUGUAUGCUGCCAUUUUAUUGUUGUGGAAAUCGGCAGUAGGAACCAAUGUCAACGCAUCUGUUGCUGUUUUGUUGUCGUUAUGUAUGCACUCAGUGUAUUCAAUUCCACCUCCAAUUUCAGUUGCCGUUUCAGGAGUAUUAAGAUUUUUACUUUAUCUUAUUUUUAAGGCAUAG